AUGAAGCUCACUUUCGUCUCUCAGCUGGCAAUUGCCGCCAUUCCUGCUCUCGCUGCCACCACCGUCGACCUCGCUGUCGAAGCUGGCAGACAUGUCAUAUACUCCUACCCAGGCCUCACACCCCCCGAGAGCCUAUACAAGCUCACUUCCCAAGGCAAAGUAGGCGGUCUCAUCAUCUUCAAAGAGAAUGUCGACUCCAACCUGCCCACCGUCAUGAGCAAGUUCCAGUCCCUCUACAAGGCUUCGCCUGCCUACACCGGCCAUCCGAUGAUCAUCACCACCGACCAGGAGGGUGGACUUGUCCGUCGUGUCCCCGGUGGCCCAGAUCAAACAGCCCGUCAGAUUGGCGACUCUUCAAACCCCAUGCAGGCCGCCAGCAAGGCCGGCGCGGACGCCGCAGCCGCAUUAAAGGCGCAGAAAAUCAACGCAAAUCUCGCGCCGGUGCUGGACAUCUAUCGCGAGCAAGGAAACUUCAUCGAUGAAUUCGGUCGCUCGUUCGGUAACAAUGCCGAGCUAGUGAGCGAAUGUGGUGCAGCCUUUGCUAUCUCUCAAAGCCGUGCCGGCGUGUUGUCUACCGUGAAGCAUUUCCCAGGUCUCGGGGCAGCGAAGAAGGGUGAAAACACCGACGUUCUCUCUGUAAAGAUUAGUACAUCGUUGGCUGAAAUUCGCUCCGUUGAUGAGGUGCCGUAUCAUGCAGCUAUUGCUAAUGGAAUCGAUAUGAUCAUGACUUCGUGGGGUGUAUAUCCAGCCCUUGAUGCCACAUUCCCAGCUGGCUUGAGCAAGAAGUGGGUUACAGAUGAGCUGCGAACUAGACUUGGGUAUAAGGGAGUUAUCAUCACAGACGCCAUUGAAGCUGGCUCGCUGAAGAGUUUCGGAAACGAUGGACAGCGAGGUGUGUUGGCUGCGAAGGCCGGAGUUGAUAUCCUGCUUGCUUCAGGCAGGAAUGCAACCCAGGGAGAAGCUAUUGUUAAUGAGAUUGUCUCGGCCCUGACGAAAGGAACACUGUCUAUGACUGCGUUCCAGACGAGCACAAACAGAAUCAUUUCUCUUCAGAGCAGACUUGCAGCAUAG